AUGAGGAGGGAUGUUCGCAUUUUGCUUGUAGGGGAUGAGGGUGUUGGUAAAAGUACCAUUGUCACCUCUCUCAUUAAGGAAGCUUUCGUCGCACAUGUUCAACAUGUCGUUCCGGAGGUCACCAUUCCACCGGAGGUGAACCCAGAGAACGUGACCACUUACAUUGUCGAUUCAGGAGCUGGCCCACAGGACCGACAGCAUCUCGAAUCGGAAGUACGCAAAGCGCAUGUUAUUUGCGUGGUAUACUCAAUCGACAAUCCUCACUCAUUUGAUCGAAUACCUGCAUAUUGGCUUCCCUUGUUUCGUCAAUUAGGCGUCAACGUUCCUGUAAUCCUCGUCGGAAACAAGAUUGACCUAAGAGGUGGUGAGGUUACUAACGAAGCCCUGGAGGAAGAGAUCAUACCUAUCAUGAAUGAGUUCAAGGCAUGUCAAACUUUCUGCGAUAUUCUUAAAUUCAAUAAUAUCACCCAGGAAGUCGAGACAUGCGUUGAAUGCUCCGCUCAACUGCCGCUAAACGUGUCGGAGGUCUUCUACUUUGCCCAGAAAGCGGUCCUACAUCCAACUGCUCCUCUUUAUGACUCCAGGGAACAUGUCCUGAAACCCGCUUGUGUUAGCGCCCUGAAACGAAUAUUCAAGCUCUGCGAUGCGAACAAGGAUGGUGUUUUGGAUGCUGCAGAGCUGAAUGAAUUCCAACGAAAAUGUUUUGAUGCGCCAUUACAGCUCCAGGAACUUGAAGGCAUCAAGGAUAUGGUUCGUGAGCAUGCGGAGGGAGGCGUGCGAGACGACGGUUUGACAGAGGGUGGAUUUCUAUACCUGCAUACGAUAUUUAUUCAACGCGGAAGGCUGGAGACAACAUGGGCUGUUCUCCGCAAAUUUGGUUAUGCAGAAGACCUGCGACUUACUGAAUUCGACGUGCCCCAUGACUGUUCUGUUGAACUGAGUCCUCAAGGAUAUCAAUUCUUCACUGAUAUCUUUGAAACUUUCGACAAGGAUCAAGAUGGUGCUCUGAACAGCGCAGAACUGGAAGAACUGUUCAGUACUUCCCCAGGGAAUCCAUGGGAAACUCAGAAAUUCCCGGAUACGACCCUGGUGGAUGAUAAAGGUGCGGUCACUCUGCAAGGCUGGCUCGCUCAAUGGAGUAUGACUACUCUCUUAGAUCAUAAAACCACUCUCGCAUACCUUGCAUAUCUUGGAUACCCCGAUGAACAACGCACAUCUGCAUUACUGACAACACGUCCCCGCAAACUUGACCGGCGGAAAGGCAAAGUCUCCCGCAAUGUUUUCCUAUGUUAUGUUUGUGGUGCGGCUGGUUCAGGCAAGACGUCUUUACUGCGGUCAUUUGCUGGGAAGCCAUUUCGCGAGGCCUACGAGCCAACUAGUAAGAUGGUGAGCGUAGUUAAUGCAGUGGAUAUUGAUGGUUCAGAAAAGUACCUCGUGCUCCAGGAAUUUGGGUCUAAAUACGAGGCAGAGACGCUUCGCGCGUCGAAGAAGACGGAUCUUGCUGACGUCAUUGUCUACGUACAUGAUUCCAGUGAUACUAACUCGUUCUCUUACAUCAGUAAUCUACGACAACAAUACACUCUCGAUCAUACACCGACCCUAUUCGUUGCGACAAAGUCGGACUUGGAUCUUGCACAACAAAGACACGAAGUUCAGCCCGACGUAUACUGCAGACGGCUUGGCCUCCAGGUGCCUGUCGCUGUCAGCGUCAAAACGGGACAGACCGCAGACGUCUUCCAUGCAAUAUGCAGCAUUGCCAUGAAUCCUCACGCGGCAAUACCCGGAGGGGCAGAUCGUGCGAUGACAGCCUCGGAGCGGGUGCGUGUUUACGUGGCAUUUACUGCACUACUGGGGGGCGUCAGUGCGGGUCUCGUAAUGCUCUACAGGAGUCUCUUACGACAAGAGAUUCUUCCUAGUUGGACAACACCUUGGGCUACAUGGUUAUUGGGCAGGCGGGAUCCUUGA